UUUUCAGUGAUCUUGCGUAGAAUUCGGUCCCGGGACUAUCGAUUUUCCUGAAAACCGUUCCGGUGCCAUUUUGUUGUGAUCCGGUGUCCUCCGAUUGUGUCUGUCCCUCAUAGCGAUCACUAAAUACUCCGGUGGGGAGCAUGCAGAGGAAUUCCUGAAUUUUCAGGCGAACACAAUUUUCAGUAGUAGCGAAAGAGUAUUUCAACAAAACGUGAAAUGGCACCGCCUCUUGCGAAUCUCGUCAAAAGAGAAGCGACGGCCGAUGCAACCACAAAACCGGAAAACCUUACGGAAAACAAUCAAGAAGUCGAACCAACUUUCACAACACCGUGGACGUUCGCAAAACAACACCAUGAAACUACAACAACGCAGUUUAUACCGACACCAAAAACGCCAGAAUUAGAAGAAGCUUUAGAGACAACAACAACAGCUUCGUCCACUACAACAGCGAAAAGUUUGUUGAAUAAAGCAACCGAAGAAGUGAGUGCUGAAACUGGAUUACCGAUAUGGGCGAUUUACACCAUAGCGAUUUUGAUAAUAGCGAUCGUGUUGGGAAUUUGCUUCUGUUGCAUUCGGCGAUGCUUCAGGAAGAGACGCGCAAAGGGCGACAAGAAAAUGGGAAAAGGAGUCGACCUGAAAUCGGUACAAUUACUUGGAUCUUCCUACAAGGAGAAGGUCCAACCGGAUAUGGAUGAGUUAACCGAAAAUGCCGAGGAACCAGACGAAGGUGAAAAACCUGAAGUCCAAAAAUUGGGUAAACUCCAAUACAAGCUCGAAUACGACUUCAAUCAAAAUAGUUUAUCGGUCACGGUUAUUCAAGCGGAAGAACUUCCUGCGCUGGAUAUGGGGGGGACCUCAGAUCCUUACGUUAAAGUCUACUUACUUCCGGAUAAAAAGAAAAAAUUCGAAACUAAAGUUCAUCGUAAAACACUUAAUCCAGUUUUCAACGAAACUUUUGUAUUCAAGCAAAUUCCUUACGCGGACGCCAUGAAUAAAACGUUAGUUUUCGCGAUUUUUGAUUUCGAUCGGUUCUCAAAGCACGAUCAAAUCGGUGAGGUGAAGGUUCCGCUUUGUCAAAUCGAUUUGGCUCAAACGAUAGAGGAAUGGCGUGAAUUGCAGAGCGUCGAAGGCGAAGGUGGUCAGGUGAUAUCACGAUUAAUUUAAUUAAUUCAUUUUCUU